AAAACAUUAACAAUUUAUUAAAUUUGUUUUAAAUCAUGCAAUUUUUGCACAUUUUCACUUUAAUACUGGCGGCUUUGGUGGCCUAUACCUCAGCUCAAUGUCUGGGUAAUGCUUCCUGUCGUGGUGUCCGCAAUGUGGGUCGUGGUGGUCGCGGUUGUAUACCAAUAACCAUGUGGUACUACGAUACUCGCUUUAGACAAUGUCGUCAAAUGCGUUACUUGGGCUGUGGAGGCAACACCAAUCGUUGGUGUACUCGUGUUGCCUGUGUACGUCGUUGUGGUGGUCGUUAGAAUAACGAAAUAUUUAGACCAAAAUAAAGACAUUUCAUUUAAAAUUGCAAAAAAUAAAA